AUGACCCAUGAGAUCUUCAAAGACCUGAUAUGGUCAGACCCAUCGGGUUCAAAGUCGUCUACCUCGACAAGGCCAACUUCUUCAAAAUCAAAGACCACUCGAAUGAGUUUUUCCUCAGAAGAAGAAGAUGAACCUGUUUCGCAAAAGCCUAAACCAGCAAAAGAAAAAAGACAUGAGUACCCUCAUGCCUGCAUGGUUUUCCCUUCAAAGGCAGAAAGAGCCCCAGAAUCAGAAAUAUUUUCUAGAUCAGCCUCGGCCUCUGAAUCAGACUCAGAACCAUCAGAGUCUCCAGAAAGUUUACCUAAAACAGAAACAGAUUCCAAGGAGUCUGAAGAAGCAAACGAUACCAUGGACAUCACACAACUGUUGAUGGCUACCUCUACAGGAUCCAAUGAUCAACAGACACAGACAGAGAUGGGAGAACCCACACGGGAAUCAUCCCCCAUAGUUGAAGAGCCUCCUGACACUCAGUAG